AUGAAGGUAGUGCAUCGGCUUCUACUGGUGGCUGUGGCCUGGUGGUUGCGACAAGGCCGCGCUCCCACCGUGGCCGGAGACUGUGCACACGCAUGUGGGGGCGUGUCCGUACCUUAUCCGUUCGGGCUCAAACCCCAGUGUGCGAGUUCCGAAGAGUUUUCGCUCCAUUGCAAUACCUCUGGGAGCCGUGAACAACUAAUGUUGGGGGAUAUUCCGAUACGCAAGAUCUCAGUCGGGGACUCCACCAUGGUCGUCCGCCUCCCCGAACUAUACGACUGCUACAGCAAGGAUGGCCACUCAGCAAACAGAAGCGGUGAUCUGUUCAUCAAUCUAACUUCACAUCCACAGUACAGAUUGUCGGACACCCGGAAUAACCUCACAGUCCUCGGCUGCGACACCUACGCACUCAUAUCCGACCAAGAUGAGAUGUUCCGGAGCGGCUGCAUCUCCUAUUGCAGCGACCCCGUCGACUUAGCCAAGGAGACCACUUGCUCCGGUCACGGUUGCUGUCAAGCAUCCAUUCCGAAGGGGCUCAGGACACUCCGCAUUAAAAUCUCCUCCAUCGACGGACACGCGUUGGUCUCGCAAUUCAACCCCUGUGGAGUGGCCUUCGUGGUGGACAGAAAGGCAUUCAAUAUCUCCAACAGGACACUCCCGAGCUUCAGUGAUUUGGGCAAGAGGGCGGACCUUGUUCUGGACUGGAUGGUCGGAUGGGACGUGACUUGCAGACAGGCAAUGUCAAACCGGUCGAGCUAUGCAUGCGGCAACAACACUGAGUGCUCCGACUACGCGAAUGGACCGGGUUAUCGUUGCUUUUGCAAGGCUGGGUACGAGGGGAAUCCCUAUGAUCGCUUCCACGGAUGUCAAGCUGUUAUUGUGCCCGUCUUGUGCAUUACUAUUGGUGUUUCAGUUUCGGUCACGUGGAAGCGGAGAAUCAGAAAGAUAAACUUCAAACGAAAUGGAGAAAAGCUCUUGAAACAAUAUGGAGUUCGAAUCUUUACAGAGGCAGAGUUGGCAAAAGCAACUAAUAAUUAUAAUGACCGCAAUAAGCUCGGUGAGGGCGGUUUCGGUUCUGUCUAUCAAGGAAUAGAAGUAGACACCAGGGUCGCAGUCAAGAAGCCUAAAGAUGUGCACAAGUCUCUAGUGAAGGGGGAUUUCCAGCACAAAAUUAAAAUUGUGACGCAAAUGAACCACAAAAAUGUGGUGAAGCUUAAAGGCAUUUGCUUGGAGACUAGAAUACCAUUGCUGGUUUACGAAUACAGUUCAAAUGCUACCCUCUUCCAACACAUCCAUCAGAAUGUGUCAACCAUCUUAAAAUCGUGGAAAAAUCGGCUCAAAAUAGCCGCUGAAGCUGCUCUUGCACUUGAGUGUUUGCAUUCCUGCACAGAACCACCAAUCAUUCACGGCAACGUCAAGUCGGCGAACAUACUUUUGGAUCAAAAUUACUCGGUGAAAUUAUCUGAUGUUGGAACUUCGAUACUUAUAUCACCAGAGCAUAGUCAUAUCGUAGCCACUGAAAUAGAGGGCACAUUAGGCUACAUUGAUCCGGAAUAUUUAACCACUGGUAAGUUAACAACUAAGAGUGAUGUAUAUAGUUUUGGAGUUGUCCUCAUGGAGUUACUCACUGAAAAGAAGCCUACAAGUUCUAUCACAAAGUCUGGAGAGCCAAUCAAUAUUAUCCUUUAUUUCAUCUCUUCCAUGAAGGACGAGACACUCUCCACUGUCAUAAACUACGAGGGCGAUGAAAUCAAGAGAGUAGAAAGGGUUCUCGAGAUUGCAGUGAAGUGCUUGAACCAUACUAGUGCGAAGAGGUCAACGAUGACGGAAGUGGCUCAGCAACUCGCCAUAAUUAACCCAAGCCCGACCGUUGAAGAAAACAUUGAAGAGAACAAAUCCAAGUUGGAUGUAGAAAUCCAUCACGUCACCAAGCUUUCAGCGCAGGGGACGUCAAGCUGUCUUAGUUGUCCGGGAGUGGAUUCAGAUAUUCUCACAAAGGAGAUCAAUGGAUGUGGUACCAAGAAAUGGGGUUAUGCUACAUGGAUUAUUUUAGUCCCGAUCGGCGACGGCAAAGGCGGAGCUGGGGUGCUCGGGUCGCGGAGGCGGCUGGUGUUGCAGUGGCGAGGUGGCGAGCGAGCAGGAGGCAGCGGCGUUGGGUCGUCUGGCGGAGAACAGCAGCAGCGCCUCGAGCUACUGGGCGGUGGUGCAGAGUGGUGGGUGGAGCUCGACAAGGUCAGGAGCGGUGGGCUUCGUCGGAGCUCCGGCGUCGGGCUGGGCAGCAGCAGGUCGCGGGUGCAGAGGCGCGGCGGUGGGCGUCGGAGGCGCGCGCGGUAG